CCCCGCCUCACUGCGCAGGCGCCCGAGGGAGGCCCGCGCUUGCGCCCCGUCGCGCGCCGGCCUCAUGCGCCUCAGCACCUCGCCGGCUGGCAGCGGCUCGGCGCGCGCGCGCACCCCCGCCUGCUCCGCUCUGCUCCCCUCGGCCCGCCACGCGCCCUCCGCGCGCCGCCGCCGCUGCUGCUCCUGCUGCUGCCGCGAGGGCCCGGCGGGAACAGGCCGGCGGGCAGAUGAAGUACAUCCUGGUGACGGGCGGCGUGAUCUCGGGCAUCGGCAAGGGGAUCAUCGCCAGCAGCAUCGGCACCAUUCUCAAGUCCAGCGGGCUGCACGUCACCUCCAUCAAGAUCGACCCCUACAUCAACAUCGACGCGGGCACCUUCUCCCCCUACGAGCACGGCGAGGUGUUUGUGCUAGAUGACGGAGGGGAGGUGGACCUGGACCUUGGUAACUACGAGCGCUUCCUUGAUAUCCGACUCACCAAAGACAACAAUCUGACUACUGGGAAGAUUUACCAGUACGUCAUCAACAAGGAGAGGAAGGGAGACUAUCUCGGCAAAACUGUCCAAGUUGUUCCCCACAUCACAGAUGCUAUACAAGAAUGGGUAAUGAGGCAGGCACGAAUUCCUGUAGAUGAAGACGGUAUUGAACCCCAAGUUUGUGUGAUUGAGCUUGGUGGAACAGUAGGUGAUAUUGAAAGCAUGCCUUUCAUUGAAGCUUUCCGUCAGUUCCAGUUCAAAGCCAGAAGAGAGAAUUUUUGUAACAUUCAUGUCAGUCUAGUUCCACAGCCAAGCUCUACAGGAGAGCAGAAGACUAAACCCACCCAAAACAGUGUUCGUGAACUCAGAGGCCUCGGUCUCUCACCAGACCUGAUUGUUUGCAGGUGCUCUACUCCAUUGGAUACCUCAGUAAAAGAAAAGAUUUCCAUGUUCUGUCAUGUUGAACCAGAACAGGUUAUCUGUGUUCAUGAUGUCUCUUCUAUAUACCGGGUUCCUCUGUUGUUAGAGGAGCAGGGAGUUGUUGACUACUUCAGACACAGGCUUGACCUUCCCAUUGGGAGACAGCCCAGGAGGAUGCUUAUGAAGUGGAAGGAAAUGGCUGACAGGUAUGACCGUCUCCUUGAAACAUGUUCCAUUGCACUUGUUGGCAAAUACACCAAAUUUUCAGAUUCCUACGCGUCUGUCAUUAAGGCACUGGAACAUUCUGCACUGGCUAUCAACCAUAAACUUGACAUCAAGUAUAUUGACUCUGCUGACUUGGAGCCAGCAACCCUGCAGGAAGAACCUGUCCGAUACCAUGAAGCAUGGCAGAAACUAUGUGGUGCUCACGGAGUCCUGGUUCCUGGUGGAUUUGGCGUUCGCGGGACAGAAGGCAAAAUUCAAGCUAUUUCUUGGGCAAGAAAACAGAAAAAACCCUUCUUAGGCGUUUGUUUGGGAAUGCAGUUAGCAGUUGUGGAGUUUGCGCGCAGUGUUCUUGGUUGGCAAGAUGCUAACUCAACAGAAUUUGACCCCAAAACCACACAUCCAGUGGUCAUAGACAUGCCAGAACAUAAUCCUGGGCAAAUGGGUGGAACCAUGAGGCUUGGCAAGAGAAGAACACUCUUCCAAACGAAGAAUUCAAUCAUGAGGAAGCUGUAUGGGGAUCAUGAUUUCUUGGAAGAGAGACACAGACACAGGUUUGAGGUCAAUCCAGAACUGAAAAACUGUUUUGAAGAGCAGGGUUUGAAAUUUGUAGGCCAAGAUGAGGAGGGAGAGCGAAUGGAAGUAGUUGAGUUAGAAGAGCAUCCAUUCUUUGUGGGUGUUCAGUAUCACCCUGAAUUCCUCUCUAGACCAAUUAAGCCAUCUCCUCCAUACUUUGGCCUCCUGUUGGCAUCUGCAGGAAGACUCGCACAUUAUCUGCAAAAGGGCUGCAGGCUCUCACCCAGGGACACCUACAGUGACAGAAGUGGCAGCAGUUCGCCUGACUCAGAGAUAACAGAGCUGAAGUUUCCAUCAUUCAGUCACGACUGAUUCCCGAUGCGUCUUCGCUGAAGAGAAGAGCCCUCAUUAGAUUUUUUCCAGGCAUUCUUACAGCAAUAGCUUGAACACUGUCAGCUUUGGGCUUUCUUAAGUUAUGUUUGUUUGUUUUUUUUAAAUUCCGUUAUGAAAUCCUGUCUAUUUCCUCAACUCCUCUGUCUUGUUUUUCUGUGUAGAUUCUGAUUAUUUCUGGAAGAGAGUUCAUCACAGCACAUGCACCUCUAGACUUUCUUCAGUUAGCACCAUCUUGGAGAUAAAAAGCAAAUUUGAGUAUGGGAUUUGAUGUGUUGGGGAGAAUCUAGUUGCACACGUCCUUCCUAAUGCAUGGUAAUGCUGGCAUGAGUUUAUAUCUUGGACACUGGUGGUUGUGUUGCUUUCUCCAGCCUUUCUGCUCCCAAAGCAGUCUUUAUUACUUGUGAAAUAAUGUGUAUGAUUCUAUAUUUGGAGACUCGGUUCUUGUGCUGUGCUGCAGAGGAUGGGUUUGUUAAGCUUUAUGCAGUCUUUUUUUGGGAGGGAGGCGGGGGGAUGCUUUGUUUAUUUUUCCAAUAGUAUUUAAAAAUGUUUGGCACUGGU